AAAUAUUAAAAAAACAUUAUAAAAAUCAUAUGUAAAAUACAAAAAAAAAAUACUUAACUUAUAAAACAGGAGUUUAUAAAAGUUUAUUAACUAUAUAAAUAUACUAUAUACAAAUAUAUAUAUAUAUAUAUAUUAUAAAUAUUUAUAUAUAUAUAUAUAAUAUAUUAUAGAUAACAAAAUUAAUUAUUUAUAUUUAUAUAUUUAAAAAAAAAAACGUUUUUUAAUUUCAAAAAAAAGAUGGCCUUAAGUAAAGUAAGUGAACUGGAGAAUAGUCAAACUGGAAGUCAAAAACGACAUAGAUCUAGAUCGACAACCAGAUAUGCAGAUGUUGAAAAGAAUAAAACUAAAAGCAAUACUCAUACUACAAGUUUAGUUUCCCUUCCUAGUGCUAUUAAAUUAAGUAUGCUUAAUAGUGGUCUUAUUUCUAUAGAUAAGGUUCAAAUAGAGGUAAAAGAAAAAAAUGCUCUUUCUAUGGCAAUGCCUGAUAGACCAGUAGAUUUAAAACAUUUUUUGAAAUUAUGUGAACAAAGAAGAAAAUUUCCAGUCCUUUUUAAAUUGGAAUAUCAGAUAGCAACUAAAGCUGAUAAUAACACUUGUAGACAUGCAAUGAGAAAAAAUAAUUCAAUAAAAAAUCAGUAUCAAAAAUGUGUUCCGUAUGAUUAUAAUCGUGUGGUAUUGAAAAAAAUUCCAAAUAUUCCAGAUUCUGAUUAUGUUAAUGCCUCCUAUGUCGAUAGUCUUUUAAAACCAAAUGCCUAUAUUGUUACACAAGGACCAACAGAAGAAACUGUUAACGAUUUUUGGAGAAUGGUUUGGCAGGAAAAUGUUAGUGCUAUUGUAAUGUUAACAAAAACUUUUGAUUUUACAAAAGUAAUGUGCGUCCAAUAUUGGCCACCAAAUGCCGAAACACAUGAAUCUUACGGUGAAGUUAACGUCCAUAUGGUAAAAGAGGAACAAUUAGCAAAUUUUCAUAUUAGACAUUUUAGAUUAUAUAUGGCACAACUUGGUGCACUAGUAGAAGAAAGAUUAAUAUUACAAUUUCAUUAUACUGAAUGGCAUUCCCACACAUGUCCAUUUUCAAAUGCUGUUUUAGAAUUUAGAAGACGAAUACGUGCUGUUGUUGGAACAGUAAUACGUACUAAUUCAAUUGGUCCAAUAUUAGUUCACUGCAAUGAUGGUGGUGGUAGAUCAGGAGUAUUUUUAGCAAUAGAUGCAAAUUUAGAACUUGCUGAAGAAGAAGAUUGUUUUCAUAUUUUUGGUUAUUUUAAAAAAUUACGUCAAUCUAGGAAAAGUUUAAUUGAUUCUAUAGAUCAAUACAAAUUUGUUUAUGAUACUUUAGAAGAACAUGUAGUAUGUGGAAAAAGUUGGUUUCCAGUUGCUGAACUUUCAGAAAAUUUAAAAUUAAAAGCUAAAAAGGAUACAGUAACUAAAAUGAAUAAAUAUCAAAUGGAAUAUUUACAAAUAUGUAAACAGACUCCUAGAUUUACUAUUGGUGAUUGUGCUGGUGGUCAUAGAGCAGAUAAUAGAGAAAAGAAUCGAGAUGUACUUUGUGUGCCUCCGGAUAAUUUUAGACCUUAUUUAAUCUCCUUUCAAGGAAAUGCUUUUACUGAUUAUAUUAAUGCGAUUUUUGUAGAUGGGUAUACAAAACCCAGGGAAUAUAUUGUGACAGAGUGGCCUUUAAAGCAUACAUUAGGAGAAUUUUGGUCUUUAGUAUACGAUCAUGAAUGUUCAGCUGUUGUUGUAUUAUGUCAACCGCCAGCUAAUUCUGUCCAAUUUCCGGCAUUUUGGCCACAAAAAUCUAAAGAAGAAAAAUAUGGUCCGGUAUUUUCCGUCCAUUUAGCAAGCGCAAAACAUUAUCAAAAUAUUAAACAAUGGGAAUUCAAAAUUAAUAAGAAAAUUAUUUCCUUAACAGAAAUGAUGGCUGGUGUUAAAGCACCAACAAAAACUGUUCAACUAUUUCAGUUAACAUGUUGGCCAAUGGGGCAUAAGGUUCCAACGUCAACAAAUUCUUUAGUAUUUUUAAUGAAUAUGGUCGAAUUAUGGAGACAAAAAACUGAUUAUGGACCAAUUUGUGUUGUGUCUCCAAAUGGUAGAAGUAGAGCUGGCGUUUAUUGUGCUGCAAAUGCAUGUAUUGAACAAGUUAUACAACAUGGUGAAGUUGAUGUUUUUCAAGCAGUUAAAACUGUUAGACGUCAUAGACCACAGUUAGUUGAAAAUAUGGCUGAAUACAAAUAUUGUUAUGAUUUAGUAUUGCAUUAUGUUCUACAUUUUUUGAAUAAAGAUCGAAAAUAGUUAAUAUGGAAAUUUAUCUUGGGAAAUAUUGAAAUGAUUUUUCGUAAAGAAAAAUUAAAAAUAAAAAAAAAUUUUUUUUGUUUUUGGUGCAGAAGAAAAAUGAAAAAUCCUUUUUGAAAAGGAUUCAAAGUGCACAUAAAUAUGGAGAUCUUCUUUGUUUUUCUUUUUGAUUUUUGAUUUGUUAUAAUUGUUUAAUUUUAGUUUUGGAAUGUUUUUCAUCCUUUUUAUAUUUCCUUUUUUUUUUUCUUGAAGAGAGGCAGACAAAAAUAUGUUUCGUCCAUUGUUAUGAUUUUGGGAUAACAUCAAAUAAUUUAAGAUCAAUUUUGGUAUUAUGUACGUAACAUAUGUCUGUACAUAAUAUUUCAAAAUAUUUAUAUAAAGAUGGAGAAAAAAGGAAUAAAGAAGAGAAAAGGAUAUGAAAAACGUUUUUUUUUUAACAUAUUUUUUUUAAUUUCAAGUGAUUAUCAACAGCUGUCUUGAAUGAUAAUUAUUUUGUUGAAAAGCUAAAUAUAAAAUGAGAAAAGUUUUACUACUUAAAAAUGCGGUUGCAAAUUAUUAUUGUUAUAUAUAUUAAUACAUAAUAUAAUUAUGUAUACAUAUAUACCUAUAUACAUAUAUUUUAAAAUUAUUAUAUAUAUAUACAAAUAUAUAUAUAUAUAUAUAUAUAUAUAAAAUUUUAAUUGCUUUUGUAUGCAUUCAUUUGAACAUACAAUAUUGAUUUAUUAAAACUAUUUUAUGAAAAAAAAAAUGAAAAAUAAAACUGUUUUAUAUACCUAUAUGUUUCUAUAAA